AUGCGUGUCUUCGUCACAGGAGCUGCAGGCUUCAUCGGUCGUGUUCUGGUCAAGGAACUCCUCGACCAUGGCCAUCAAGUCCUUGGUCUUGCUCGCAGCAGCGCAAAUGCUGAGUCACUUACAAAAGCUGGAGCAGAAGUACACCGCGGCGAUCUGGAAAAUGUGGAGAGUCUGAAGGAGGGUGCUCGCGCUGCCGAUGGUGUCAUCCACUUGGCCUUCGUCCACGACUUUAGCGAUUUCGCCCGGUGUGUGAGAAUCGACAACGAGGCUAUUAAAGCCAUUGGUGAAGCACUCACAGGCACUGGGAAGCCGUUUGUUGUUGCUUCUGGCACACUAGGCAUAUUGGAAGGCCAGCUCGCAACAGAAGAUGUUGAUCCCGAUCGCAGCCAUCCAAUGGCCGUUCGAUAUUCUUCAGCGGACAUCGUUUACUCACUUUCAAAGGAGAAGCAAGUGCGAGGCUCAGUUGUUCGACUCGCCCCCACUGUACAUGGAGCGGAAGAUUGGGGAUUCAUUCCGAUGCUCAUCGGGACAGCACGGAGCAAUGGCUAUGCUGCUUAUAUUGAAGAAGGUGCAUCACGAUGGCCUGCCGUCCACAAAGUAGACGCUGCAGUGCUCUUCCGCCUUGCGUUGGAGAAAGGCACUGCUGGCUUGACGUACAACGCUGUAGCUGAACAAGGGAUUUCGACCAAGGAGAUCACCUCAGCAAUAGGCAAACGUCUUCAGUUGCCCGUGAAAAGUGUGACUUCUGGUGAAGCAGAGGAGAAGCUGGGUCUGAUGUCACAUCUUCUUGUGCUGGAUCAACCGACCUCAAGCGAUAAAACACAGCGGGAGUUGGGCUGGAAGCCAACGCAAAUCGGGCUGCUGGCCGACAUAGAAGCGAACUAUUAG